AUGCUGUGGUGGGUGAAGCGUGGUCUAGGGUUUAUGCUACGGUUCUUCUUCCGAUCCUUCACCAGAGCCAUGGGCUGUUUCUUCGCUUGCUUCAGGAUCAGAGACAAUCGUCCCCUCCCCAAACAUCACCUGAUUUCCACCUCCUCUCGUUCCACUGAUGGUCUGAUAUCUCGAAAUCGGUUGUUCUCUUUAUUAUCUGAAGAGAGAGAAGAAUCUGCUGGGAAUGAUGGUGUGGGGUCUCAGGGAGGUGACCAGGGGCUUAAGGAUGAGGCCAAGUUUCUUAAAGCUUGUGGUACCUUAGCAGGAACCCCUGCUGAAAUUCGUAAAGCAUCCGAGAAACUGAAAGUGUCACCCUCUCGUGGUAAAGAUACAGACCCUCCAAAGUUCCAUUCUUGGCUUCCCAACACAUCUGUUGAGAAACUUCAGCUGGAUGUUCAACAAUUUCACCCACCAACUCCCAUAAAACUUUGCCAAGAAUGGGAAAAUAGCACGGAUUCUUUUGAGCACACACCAACCAGCUGUAUCUCCAAUGCAGAAGAUACUCCACAUGAUUCUCUUGAUAUUGAAGGAAGUCGGACUGGGACCCUUCAUGCUGCAGAUAGUACUGACAACAAUGCAGCUUCUGUUUCACCUAGGCCAGUCACAACCACUCAGAGGAAGAACAAAUCUGUUCGUUUUGAAUGUGAUACUGGCUCAUCAUCCUGCGGAAGCUCGUCUGAGCAGAGUGCAUACAAACCAUCACCCUAUCCUACUCCAUUGAAGUUAUUUGAUGAGAUGCAAACACCAGGAACAGUGUACCCUGUAUCAUCAGAAGAGUUACCAAAUGGUAGACCUCGAGUUCGGUCCCAGUUUGUGUAUCCAAUUUACAACCCAGGUGAGAAUGUCGUCCUUUGCAAGAUACUUGAGGAGAAAGUUUUUAAUCCUGAACAAGAUACAAGUGAGCUGAGUGAUUCUGUGGAGCAAGCUCAAAAUGCAAGUCCUACCCCAGAAAAAGGGUUGAAGAACAUUUCAAAUGAAAAUGGAUGCGAGGUUGAAGCAAGUUUAUCUUCUUGGUUGAAGCCUGUUGCUGCUCACUGGAAUGGAGUUGAGGAUUCUCAUAUUUCUCCUCCUAAGGUGUGGGAUGGCAAUGGCAUACCAAACUCAACCACUAAGUACAAGGAAGAUCAGAAAGUAAAGUGGCAUGCAACACCAUUUGAAGAGCGGUUGGAUAAGGCAUUGUCUGAGGAGAAUUUUAUCCCUCAAAGGAAGCUUGUUUGCGGAAAACCUGUGGAAUUUGAUGACAUUGAAGAAAGUGAUACUGCAUCAUCUCAGCUACAACCUUCAAGUCAUCCUCAGUCCGUGGUGUCAUUUUGA